AUGCGUGCUGUUCUGUUGGCCCUUCGGGGUCUUCGACCCUCCCUGCAGGGCAAGGCAAUUUGUCUGGCGACAGGCAACUCCACUGUGGUGGCUUAUCUGCAGCGCCAGGGGGACACCCGUUCCCCGGCUCUGUGUGCUUUAUCCACCCAGGUCCUGUUGCUGUGUCAGGAAAUCAGUCUCGAUCUCACGGUGAGGCACCUUCCAGGUCGUCUGAAUGUUCUGGCCGACACUCUGUCUCGGUCUCGGAGCCCGGUUCUCACCGAAUGGACCCUCAAGCGUUCGGUGUUCCGGUCUCUUUGCCUGGUUUGUGACAGACCCCAUGUGGAUCUGUUCGCCACGGCCCUGAACUUUCGACUCCCUACGUUUGUGUCUCCGAUUCCAGAUCCUAUGGCCAUGACGGUGGAUGCUCUAUCCCAGGACUGA